AUGGUGCACUGCAAGCAGCCGCGCAGGAGGCCCGGAGAUCCCGCCGGCGGUGUCCGCACGACCGGGGGUCGCGCACGCGCCGGGGGCGGGGCGCCGCCCGGGUACAUGCGCCCGACCAGCAGCUCCGGCUCGAGGACCGGCCGGGAGUUUGCUGCCGCGACGCCCUCCGCUCCCGCCGCGCAGCCGGUGGUGCCCAAGGAGGCGGCGCUCGGCGGGGGUACGCCGCUGGCGGCCAGGCCGACGUGCUCCUCCGCGCAGAAGAGCGCCCGCGCCCGCGACCUCUGCGGUGGAGGCGGCGAGGGCCGCCGCGCCUGCCGGUACGCCUACUGCUCCUACAAGGGCCACGCGCCCGCGCCGCCGCCGCUGGGGGCGUUCCUGGCUUCGCGCAGGGGCCUCGUCAAGACGGAGCAGAGCAUGAAGCACAGGGGCGUCUCCGCGUUCCGCAGCACCAACACCAAUCCCAAUCCCAAUCCCAGUUCAUUCAAUGCCGCCGGCAAAGGGGACGGGUUCUUCCUCCAGGUGGCGUGUCCCGGCGCCGGCGCCCGCCCCAAGACGGCCAGCUCGGGCUCCUGCUGCAGCGGCCUCUCCGCCGAGGAGGUGGACUCCCCCUACGUCAACUUCGGUCCCCGGGGUCUCCGGGGCGGGACGGACACGUGGGGCGCCUCCGUCGACGGCUCCUGCGGCUCCAGCGACGUCAUCUCGGAUGGCUUCGCCGACCUGCCAGCGACCGCCACCUCUCCCUCUCCCUCUACCGGGCGCAAGGAGGGGAAUCGCCAAGAUGAUCAAGAAGCAGCAGAGGAGAAGGAGGAGGAGGACUCUGCUGCCUGCUGCAGGUCUGAUAUCUCGGAGGAGCUGGGUCCAAGAUACCAAGCCAACAACAAUAUGUCCAAAGAUUGUGGCGGCUCUUCAGUGGAUUCCUCAAUGGACGACAUAUCCAGUGCAUUUGCUGGGAUGAAUUUCCAAGAUGUGGGUGCUGAUCCUACUGCUGAUGGGGCGGCAACCAGCCAGGGGAACAGGUUGACCAUGUCCAGGAGAAGAACACCUAGAGGCGGGGAGCGAAUCCGGGCAUUCAACCCCAGGGCCCCAAACUUUCUUCCAGUGGUGCCUGAUCCGGAUGCUGAAAAGGUUGAUCUCAGGCAUCAGAUGGCCGAUGAUCGCAAGAAUGCCGAGGAGUGGAUGGUUGACUAUGCGCUUAGGAGGACAGUGAACAAGCUGGCCCGUGCUCAGAAGAGGAAGGUGGAGAUGCUUGUCCAGGCCUUUGAAACUGUUCUACCGCCACCGCCAGUCCCAGGUGAGAAAAACUACCUGCAAGACGACCACAAGAAAAGCUUGGCAAGGUGCAACUGAUAGAUUUUAGAGUAUUGGGUUCAAGCUGGAGCAGAUGAUGAUAAUUGGGGUUCUAACUUGGUGGUCACUGCAAUAUUUGUGCCAGAGACCUGCUCAGCAAGGAUAGAGAGUUUCUUACUAGCACCUGAGAUCUUGUGCUCAUAGCGCGGCUGUACUCGAGAGCCGCUAGGGGUCUCGCUCACUGGGUCAGCUUGUUAGUGUAGUGGCGUAGUGCAUGUGUACAUACGUCUGAUGUGCUCAUGCUGAUAUUUUAGUACUGAGAAAAUGAGACUUGCAAACUGGCAAGGGUAUUCAGAUGUAUUCCUUGCUUGGACAAAGAUCAAUAAAACUCUUAUUGACAGCA